GGCCGGCAGGGCGGGGCGCGGCGCGGCGGGACCGGUCCCGGCAGCAGUUGGUUCGGGUCGGUCCGUGUCGGCCAUGGCGUCCCCGUCGCGGCGGCUGCAGACGAAGCCGGUGAUCACCUGCCUCAAGAGCGUCCUGCUCACAUACACCUUCGUCUUCUGGGUGUCGGGCAUCGUGCUGCUGGCCGUGGGCGUCUGGGGCAGGGUGAGCCUAGCUGUCUACUUCUCUCUGCUGGACGAGAAGGCCACCAACGUCCCCUUCGUCCUGGUGGGCGCUGGCACCGUCGUCGUCCUCCUGGGCACCUUCGGCUGCUUCGCCACUUGCCGCGGCAGCACCUGGAUGCUCAAGCUGUACGCCAUGCUCCUGUCCCUCAUCUUCCUCAUCGUCCUGGUGGCCGCCGUCGUGGGGUUCGUCUUCAGGCAUGAGAUUAAGACAAACUUUGAGAGUAACCUCAACCUGGCCUUGAGGGACUACAAUGUGACUGCGGAUCGGCACAGUGAGGCUGUCGACACCAUCCAGAGAACUCUUCACUGCUGUGGGGUGCAGAACUACUCAGACUGGGAGAAGACUGAGUACUUCACCCAGAGAGGCAUCCCCCAAAGCUGCUGCAAGAACCAGGAUGACUGCUCAGAGGGUGAUCUGAAAGACCUGAGCAAAGCCAAGCUGAAAGUGUUUGUGGAUGGUUGUUUUUUCCUGGUAACAUCAACAAUGGAGUCGAAAAUGAGUGUUGUGGCUGGAAUAUCCUUUGGGAUCGCCUGCUUCCAGCUGAUUGGCAUUGUUCUCGCCUGCUGCCUGUCCCAGUACAUCACAAACAAUCAGUAUGAGAUGGUGUAGGUGGUCCCCAUCACACUGUGACCAGGGUGUGUUCUCCAUGGCCAAGGAGGAUGCCACCACCUCCGGUUUACCGCUGGAUGCCACUUGGGGAAAUCUUGCUUUGAACUGACUGAUCUUCUUCUCAAACUAGCUCACAGAAAUGAGCACAGCAGCUGUCCUGGUGUGCUCAAGGACUUUUCCUAACACUCCUCUGAUGUGCCACUGCGUGGGAUUAGUGUAGCUGUGGUGGUUACAGCAACCUCACUCCCCCGGCAAUGCAGCCCCCGGCUCUUUCCCCUGCAGCGCUCCAGUGCCACGCCAAAGCUGAGGUGCUGGUGGCCUUGUGGGAUUUCUAGUGCUCAUCUUUGGUGCCUCUCUCGGGAAAAUGAUGCUCCCCCUCAUCUCUGGCAACCCAUCCACAUCC